UCGGGGCGGUGCGGGGCGGUGCGGGGCGGCCAUGGAGCCGUAGCGGAGCGGUGCGGGCACGAUGCGGCCCCGCCGCCCCCCCCCCCUCCUCUUCCUCCUCCUCCUCCUGUCGGCUGCGGGCGGGCGGGGGGCGAUGGACGUCCUGCUGAAGGUACAGGUGUACGAGAGCGGCGCGCUCACCCCGCUGCCCCACACCAACCUGGAGGUUCUGGGACCCCGCGGCUCUUUGGCCACCGGGACCACGGACCACGAGGGAGGGGGGGUCCUGCCUCUGUCCUACAGCCUGGGCACCUGGGUGCUGGUCAGUGCCACCCGACGGGGCUUCGUCACCUCCACCGUGCCCUGGCGUGUCACCAAACUGCCGCUGUACGCCUCCAUCAGCCUGUACCUGCAGCCCGAGCGCCCUGCCACCCUCAUCCUGUACGAGGACCUGGUGCAGAUCCUGCUGGGCCCCCCUGGCGCUCGGGCUCAGCCAUGGGCGCAGUUCCAGCGCCGCGCCGCCCGCCUGCCGCGCAGCUCCACGUACAGCCAGCUCUGGGCAUCGCUCACCGCCGCCACCGCCCUGCGAGACCUGCGCAGCUUCCCUGCCUUCCUGGGGGCUGACAGCAGCGCCAAUGUCACCUGGUUGGAGCUGUCGCCCGUGGCCGCGCUCGGCGUCCGUCUGUUCACUGGGAACGGCACCGAGGUGCAGCUGGCAGGGCCCGUCCAUCUGUCCGUCCCACUCAGCUCCGAGUCCAGCGCCGUCGCGGCCACCAGCGUGCCUGCAUGGAGGUUUGACCCCAAAAGCGGGCUGUGGGUCCGCAAUGGGACGGGGCUGAUCCGCAGGGAGGGCCAGCAGCUCUACUGGACCUUUGUGGCCCCCCAGUUGGGCUACUGGGCGGCAGCAGUGCCCUCUCCUAGCCCAGGGCUGGUGGCCGUGGCUGCGGGCAUGAAGGACAUCACGGCGUACCACACCAUCUUCCUGCUCACCAUCCUGGGCGCGCUGGCCCUGCUCGUGCUCACCCUGCUCUGCCUCCUCAUCUACUACUGCAGGCGCCGCUGCCUGAAGCCACGCCAGCAGCACCGCAAGCUGCCGUUGUCGGGGACGUUGGACCCCUCCAAGCGGGACCAGGCCACGUCCAUGUCACAGCUCAACCUCAUCUGCAGCAGCCACCUGGAGACGGCGUCCUCGGGGGGGGACACGGAGGCUCACAGCCCCGUCCUCAAAUUCGACAGCUCCCGCGAGGACUUCUUCAAGCAGGUCCCCUCCUCCGCGCCCCAAACGUCCUCCAACGCCGCGCCGCGCCGCUGCCACCCCCGUGAGGACUUCACCCCCAGCGAGGGUCCCCCCGCAGCACCCCACGGAGCCGAAGUGCCGCCGUCCGACCCGCUGCCACCGCCGCCGCCGCCGCCACCGCGGCCGCCGUCAUUGGGAGCGCCCAUGGGGCCGCCGAUGGGGCCAGCGAUGGGGCCAGCGAUGGGGCCGCCCAUGGGGCCGCCGGGGCCGCUGAUCCUGUGCGGAGCGCUGGAGGGUCCGCAGGAGGACGUGUACCGCGGCGUGGUGCCCACCCUGCUCAUCCCCGCGCGCUACAUGCGCCUGGACGGGGCCGCCGAGGGCGCGCAGCAGCUGGAAGCCACCAACCCGGCGGCGGCGGCGAGCGGCUCGAGCCAGGCUGCGGCCCCGGCCCAAGGCGGCGGCGGCGGCCCCGUGGCCAUCCCCGUGCUGCUCAACGAGUCCGCGGUGGCGCAGCUCAACGGCGAGCUGCAGGCGCUGGCCGAGCAGAAGCUGGUGGCGCCGCGCGCCUGGUUCGUGUCCCUGGACGGGCGCGCGUCCCACGUCCGCCAUUCCUACAUCGACCUGCAGGGCGGCGACAGAGGGCCGCCCCGCUCGCGGCCGCCCCCCCCCCGCGGGCCGCCGUCGCCCGAGGACAGCGCGCUGGCCCCGCUGCUGGGGGGGCCGCCCGUGGGGCGCCGCGGGGCCGGGGGCAGCGGGUGCAGCAGCGCCUCCGAGCCCCCCCGGGAUUCCCCCAGCAGCCCCGAGGAUGAGGCGGGCGACGGGGGAGACGGCGGCGACGACGGCGGGGACCGCAAGAGCCCCUGGCAGAGGAGGGAGGAGCGGCCGCUCAUGGUCUUCAACGUCAAGACGGGGGGGUCUGGCACUGCCCCCCGGGCCAGCGGUGCCUCCAAGCUGCCAUAGGGACGGGGUGGGGGGGAGGAGGGCAGAACCCCCCCCCCCAGACCCCACUGUGGAUUUUAGAUACCAUUAAUAUAUAAAAUCCCACUGACACA